CACACACACACACACACACACACACUGGCAGGGAUCGGAGCAGAAGCACAACCACCAGGCAAGAGCGACUCCAUUCAGCUACUAUGGAGCAACAACACAAAGCUCAGACUGGAGGCAUGUACAAGUUUGUGCAACAGAAAUCUGGAAGCAGAUUUAUGAAAAAGGUGUUUGUCUAUUGAGGGAAAAACGAGAAAGAAAAAAAGAAGAGAGGACAACAACUCAAAGUUCUUUUUAUGUGGAUGAAACCAUUGUUGGUCUCCAAAGGAUUCAGUCUACAGUUACACCAAGAAAAUGUAUCAUGAGAAGGCAACACUGAUAACGAAUGCAAGACAGAUCUGAGCUCAUACUGCCUCCCUGUCCAGCAACACUACUUUAAUGGUUGGAACUGCCCGCCCCAACCUACAUUACUGCCCUCGCAGACACAGCCUGAUGAUUAUCGGUGCCAUGGGAGCGGUGCGAGUCAAUAGAUACAGCAUCGUUUCCACAGAUGAAGAUGCCCUGAAGAUCUCCAGCCAGGGUCUCCAUAAUGGCCACAGUCCUUUGACUCAGCAGUCACUGUCGGGGGCCUGUAUGCUGGGUGAAGAAGGAGGAGGAGAGUGUCCAGAAAGUGAUGACGGAAGAGGGGCUUUGUCUUUGAGAGUGACAAAUGAGCCCAUCAUCCACAACAGCUGCCGUGCUUCACCUUCAUGUCGUCUGGGCCUAGAUCUGGGCACCGGCCGCCUGCGCAGCCGCUUUGUGAAAAAGAACGGCCAGUGCAAUGUGGUGUUCAACAACAUGGAGGAUAAGCCACAACGAUACCUGGCUGACAUUUUCACCACCUGUGUGGACAUACGCUGGCGCUACCUGCUGCUCAUUUUCACCACCACCUUCCUUUUGUCUUGGCUGGUGUUUGGCCUGAUCUUCUGGGGAGUGGCGCUUGCUCAUGGAGACUUUAACCUUAAGGGAGGGGAUCCUCGAAGCAAUGUAGAGGAUGAAAAAGACGAAUGGCGGCCAUGUAUUCUCCACAUCCAGGGUUUCAUUGGGGCGUUCCUCUUCUCCAUAGAGACCCAGACCACCAUUGGAUAUGGUUUCCGGUGUGUUACUGAAGAGUGCCCAGUCGCUGUGGUGACUGUGGUGGUCCAGUCCAUCAUGGGCUGCAUUAUUGACUCCUUCAUGAUUGGGACCAUAAUGGCAAAGAUGGUGCGGCCCAAGAAGCGGGCACAGACCUUGCUGUUCUCGCAUCAUGCCGUCAUAGCUCUGCGAGAUGGUAAGCUGUGCCUUAUGUGGCGCCUUGGGAACAUGCGCAAGAGCCACAUUGUCGAAGCACAUGUGCGGGCUCAGCUCAUUAAGUCGCAUGUGACGGCGGAGGGCGAGUACCUCCCUUUAGAGCAAACAGACAUUGAUGUCGGCUAUGAUGAUGGGCUGGAUCGGCUGUUUCUGGUGUCACCACUGGUCGUGGUCCAUGAGAUCAACAAAAACAGUCCUCUGUAUGACCUAAGUUGCUCUGACCUGCUCAAGGAAGACUUUGAGAUUGUGGUCAUUCUGGAGGGGAUGGUGGAGGCCACAGCUAUGACCACACAGGCCCGGAGCUCCUACCUGGCCAAGGAGAUCCUGUGGGGUUACCGUUUUGAGCCUGUGGUCUUUGAAAAGGGUAACCGCUACCACGUGGACUACUCUCGCUUUCAUAAGUCCUACGAAGUGCCAUCUACGCCUCGCUGCAGUGCCAGGGAACUGAGUCAGAUGAAGGGUCAUGGCAGACAGUCUUCAUCCUCCAGCUCGACUUACUCCCCAUCUCCAUCACCAUUUGCCCCGAGGGCAUCUCACCACCUCCUGGGCCCUCACUCCCCCAGUGCUUUCUGCUACGAGAAUGAGGUAGCUUUGUGCUGCGGGGACGACGAGGAUGAGGAAAAUAUGACAGAGAAGCUGGGGAGCCUAAAUGUAGUAAGUGACAGAGAGGUAAAGAUGAGAGAGGACAUUCACUUGGGUUUUAAAGAGACAUUUGUGGAGGAGCAGACAGUGCAGAUGCUGUGUGUUCUAGACACAGAGAAUCAGAUCAGCCUUGACAGACUACAGCCCACCCUACCGUUAUACAUCAGCAGAGAGUCAGGAGUUUAAUCAAUUGUAAUGGCUGCCCUUCCAUUUGUUUCCUCUCUUUGUCUGUGUGCAUCCAACCAAAGUAUUGAACUAGUGUAAAAAUAAAAAAGACUUAGGACACAAUUUAAACUAUACAUCUGGAGGAAGAGAAGGUUAUUUAUGCAGCUGUCACAAAAUCCACUCAGCUUUAGCUCGUAACUUGGUCUGGGUUUUAGGUUUUGUAUACUUUCAGUUGUAACAUCAGCAUCUAAACAAUGCACACCUUGUCUACUUUUAAAUAUGGUGACUGAGUAUUUCUCUCAAAUCAUGAGGCAUCUUGAAAACUUUAUUGCUUUCUUGUUUUAUUCAAUGUUUGAUUUUUGUAAAUAUGAUAUGCUUGUGUUUUAAUUUUGAAAUGCUUAUGCAUCAUAUACAGAUAAAUGUUAUGAGAGAAAAAUCGAUUUAUUUUAAAGGAAGCAUGGCACAAAUGUUCAACUUCAACACACUUUCUUACUCUGUGUAAAAAUAAAUUAUUUCUGUAUUUUGAAAUUCUGUCUUCCUGCCUGCCUGAGUUGUUACUUUUCACGUUUGAUAAGCCAUUUAUUCCAUCAUGAUAGACAACAUGAAACAAUUCAAACGGUUAGUCAAACAUGUACAGUUGAAGAACAUGCACUUUAUUCUUACUUUUAUCACUAUUAUACAAACACUUUGGAACAGUGUGUUGUUUUGUAUGAACAAAGCACCUAAUAAACAACAGUAUUUACUGUUAAUAUUGGAA